AUGUGGCUCAAGGACCUUCUGGCCGGUUUGGCCAUCUUCAGCAGCCUCGUAGUUGCAGAAUCUACGUUCUCCCCCGCACGGCCACCGUCUAUUCCCCUAGCCGUCAAGGCACCAUACCUGAAUUCGUGGCUGGAUGCCGGUAGUGAUGGCGGGAAUGGGGGAUACCUGGCAGGCGAGUGGCCUGUAUUCUGGCAGCAACAAGUAACAGGGUGGGCAGGUCUCAUCCGCGUGGAUGGAACUCCAUAUACGUGGAUGGGAGCGCCAGGGGGUGGCGCCGCCCUCGUAGAUCAGACUGACUUCUCAUAUACGUCGACACGGAGUACGUUCGUGAUGAACGUGGGCGGAAAAGUCGAGAUGAACAUCACGUUUCUUUCCCCAGUCACCCCCACGGACUUGAAAAGACAGUCGUUGGUUUUCUCGUACCUCGACGUCGCCGUCACCUCAUUGGACGGUGCUAGUCACGAUGUUCAGCUGUACGCCGACUGCUCGGCUGAAUGGGCCUCGGGUGAUUUGAGUGCCAUCAUCGAGUGGGACCACAACUCUGCCGAUGGGGUUGCCUACCACCAGUUCUCUCGGCAGGAUCAAGUUGAGAUAUCCGAGACAAAUCAGCUGCCGAAUUGGGGUACCUGGUACUGGUCUACGAGUGACGCAGAUGGUCUCACUUAUCAGAGUGGUGCCGACGUGGACGUGAGGGGCGCGUUCAUCGGCACAGGCGCUCUACCCAACACGAAGGACACAAAUUUCAGAGCUGUGAACGAUAACUGGCCUGUUUUCGGGUUCGCCCAUGAUCUCGGGUCUGUCGGAGGAAACACUGUCAGCACCCUCUUUUCCAUUGGCCUGACCCAGGACAAUGCGAUACAGCUCCUUGGCGAGAGCAGUAAUCUCACGACCUAUCCUUCUCUGUGGAAAAGCUACUUUGGCUCUGACCUUGAAGCUAUGACAUUCUUUUACAACGAUUACAGUGAGGCGUCGAGCCUCGCCACCGCUUUGGACAACAAGGUGGCCACAGACUCCGUGGCGGCCGCGGGACAGAACUACCUUACCAUCACCAGCCUCAGCGUCCGACAGGCUUUCGGUGCGCUGCAGUUCACCGGCACAGAUGCAGACCCCUUGGUCUUCCUCAAGGAGAUCAGUUCGAACAGCGAUAUCCAGACCGUAGACGUCAUCUUCCCAACAAUGCCACUGAUAUUGUACAGCAACCCCGCUAUCCUCAACUAUAUGCUUAAGCCACUGUUCCUCAACCAGGAGAACGGGCACUAUCCCAAGACGAGCGCCAUUCACGACCUGGGAACCUUCCCCCUGGCCAAGGGCUACCCGGACGGGUCAGACGAGCCCCAACCCCUCGAGGAGUGCGGCAACAUGCUGAUCAUGGUGCUGGCGUACGCGCAACGCACGGGGGACAACGCCUACCUCGCAACGCACUACAACAUCCUGAAGCAGUGGGCGGGCUACCUCGUAGACGAGGCGCUGAUCCCCGCGGACCAGAUCUCGACGGACGACUUCGCGGGCUCGCUGGCGAACCAGACCAACCUGGCCAUCAAGGGCAUCAUCGGGCUGCGGGCCAUGGCCGACAUCGCCGGCGUGACCGGCCACGCCGACGAUGCCGCGUCGUAUUUCGCCACGGCCACGAACUACAUCGCGCAGUGGCAGGGCUACGGCAUCAACCACGCGGCCAACCCGCCGCACACGACGCUCUCGUACAACGAGCCCGACUCCUACGGCCUGCUGUACAACCUGUACGCCAACUCGCUGCUGGGUUUUGGCAGCGCCUUCGUGCCGCAGAGCGUCUACGACAUGCAGAGCGCCUUCUACCCGACCGUCGCGCUGAAGUACGGCGUCCCGCUCGACACGCGGCAUACCUAUACCAAGUCCGACUGGGAGCUGUGGGCCGCGGCCGUCGCGUCCCCGGACACGCGCGACCUGUUUGUGAAUCUUAUUGCUGAGUGGAUUAAUGUCACGCCGACGAAUAUGGCGCUCACGGACUUGUAUGACUGCGAGACGGGCGAUUAUCCGGGCAUUAGCUUCACGGCGCGGCCGGUGGUUGGGGGGCAUUUUGCGCUGCUGGCUUUGCCGCAGUAG